AUGGAAACUUUCGGUGACGACGUGCACGCGCAGCAUCGGAUCCUCAGGCUCGACCCCCCGCGCGCUGACGUCCACUACGUCUCCGCUGGCGACGACACCGCCCCCGCGGUGUUGAUGCUCCACGGUUUCCCGGAUAAUCACGCCACGUGGAGGGGGCAGAUUCCAGCCCUCGUGCGGGCUGGCUUUCGCGUCAUUGCCCCCGAUCUGCGGGGCUACGGUCGGUCAGGUAAGCCCGCGGGCGUCGAUGCGUACGGCCCCGCGCCCGUCACCGACGACCUCGCCGCACUCCUCGACCAUGAACGCGUCGACAGCGCCCGCGCCGUCGUCGGUCACGAUUGGGGCGCGGCGGUGGCCUACGCCUUCGCGGCCAGGCAUCCGACAAAACUCCAAAAACUGUCCAUCCUCAACGGCGUCCACCCCGCCGUGUUCCUCGACUUCGUGCUAUCCAACCCGACGCAGUUCCUCAAGUCGUACUACAUCGGCUUCUUCCAGCUGCCGGCGUUGCCCGAGUUUGUCCUGUCCCUGGCGGACUUUGCGAUGCUCAGACUCGUGUUUGCGAUCGACCCGGCGAAGCCGCUCGCGAGGAGCGACGUCGAUACACUAGUCGAGGCGUGUUCCACCCCCGGCGCGAUGCACGCCGCGCUCAACUACUACCGCGCCGCGGGACCCGCGCACAGCCUGUGGAGCGACGUGGGUAAGUGCCCGGUGCCGGUGCAGGUGCAGUGGGGCGCGAGGGAUCGGUACCUGGAGGAGAAGAUCGCGAUCCCGCCGGCGGACGUGGCUCCGCUCGCGAAAAAGUCCGUGGUGUCACAUCCGGACGCGACGCACUGGGUGCAAUGGGACGAACCCGACGCCGUCUCCGACGCGCUCAUAGAGUUUCUCAACGAGAAGUGA